AUGAAGAAACUCCAGUAUGGCUUGCAGCUUCUCGCCUUCUUAUCCUUGUUCGGCUCCGUCACAAGCCUCCCUAUCAGAUUCACACAGAUCAAAAGUCCAAACAUGAAGCCGCCCUGGACCCCCAGAGACUCGCAAUGGAGUAACCGGUUCGAAGCUGGCUUGGAGUUUUACAACUUGUACUUAAAAGGCUUUGCUGCCAUUCAGUGUUUUGGAAAUAUGGCACUGGCCUCCACGGUUGACGGGGGCGCGGACACGUGCGACACGAGCGAUCCAACCCAGUCCACCAUCCACGUCGACAAGGCCGACGCCAUCCUCAUGCCGGAGCAGUACCGAAAAGCACUGAAUCACUUCAACAAGCUUGCAUUGGACUAUAAAAUAUUCCCCAUGGCCUUGGAACCACGCCUGAAGCAAGACCCUGCAGCUUUACUGACACUUACCAACCUCCCUCGCGAAGCAAGAUCGGCUGCCACGAAAAAGUUUGGGAGAAUACUAGCGAAAGAGAACGCAAAGGACGACCAGAAAGCCCUUUCCAAAGCAUCCAAAUUAGCCAUCCUAAGUGUUUCGCGGUCCAAGAGAGCAGCAAAGGACAACAAAAACAUUGAACAGUGGUGGAAGGAAGCGCGUUCCAAGUCCACCAAGAAGGGCAAGGUGUUGUCUUUCAAGCCAGACGACGAAGAGGGCGUGGGUCUUAUCGUGGGAUACAUUGCCAGGCAGGCCUUUGGCAAACUACUGGACUUUCUGGAUGAUGAUCCUUAUUAUGGGCUUCACCCCGAUGAGGACGAUAUCCCAAAAAACCUCCUCUCCAAGACAACUAAGUGGAAGAAGCAUCCAGCAAUCUCCAAGGGCGAUUUGCCUGUCAGCAUCCGAGAAGCCAAUUUUUAUGCUGCCCGGAAACUCCUGCAUCCGAGCAAGGAUGGUAAGAAUUGA